GCCAAAAUUAAUUGAGGGUGCUCAAAAUUAACACGAACAAGCCACACAAUUAGUUAAGGACCCCUUGUGAGAUAGUGGUUCAUAGGAUUGUGCAAUAAAUGCACCUGUUUCUGUUAAGUUCUUUCAGCCAGGUAGUGAAUUUCAAGCAAAAAUUGAACCAUGAGGUCUAAGGAGUUUUCAAAGCAGCUCAGAAUAAAAUUGGAGAAAAGCACAAAUGGGGAUAAAGGCAUAAGAAAGAUAAAAAAAACACUGGCUAUCACUUUGAACUCGGUGAAGUCGAUCAUUAAGAAGUGAAAUGUGUAUCGCACCACCCACACACUGCCUAGAUCAGGCUGUCCCUUCUUACUGAGCAGCUGCACGAGGAGGAAACUGAUUAAGGGGACAACUGUCAGGCCAACAGCAACUUGGAAAGAGCUACAGAGUUCAGUUACUUGGGAGAAAAUGAGCAUCAAUCAACACAAUCUGUCACUCUACAGUAUGGUAGAAUGGAAACUCUUCUCAAAUCCUACAUGGGUUUUGCAAUAAAGGAGUGUAGUGGUACUGCAAACAAAAAUCAAAAUGUUUUGUGGUCAGAUGAGACAAAACUGGAACUUUUUCUAAACACAAUGUAUUGCAUCUGACACAGAACCUACAUAGUACAGCACUCAGUCAGCAUCAUCGCAGCUAUCAAACCUGGUUUGUGACAGCAUUGUAUUAUAGUCCUGCUCCUCAUCGACAAGGACAGGGAGCUUGUCUCGACUGUUGGGAUGAUAGCGAGAGGAAAGUAUCAGUACAUUUUAAGGAAAUCCUGCUUCAGACUUAAAACCUAUUUAAAAAUUCAUCUUUCAAGAGGGAAAAGAUACAAAUCACUGGAGUGGUUUAAGAAUGAGAAAGUGAGUUUUCUUAUGUGGCCCAGUUAAAGUUCUGAAUUGAUUGGGACCUUGUGGAAAGAUUUGAAAACUGCUGUCCAUACAUGAUUUCCAUGCAAUCUGAGAUCUUGAGCAAAUCUUACACCCAGCUAGUGUAAAAUGCUGGAAGGGGCAUAUCCAACAAAUAUUGAGUUCGCAUGUCUAACAGUAUCAAUAUUUUUCAUUAUAUUUUUCUGUUUACUGUAACCUAUCUCACCCUUAAAAGUCUUCAGUUUGAGAAUUCAAGUUUUAAAUCAAAUGUACAACUCCAGUACAAUUUAGAUGAGUGAAAUAUGGCUUUACCUGUGAAGUGGGAAAUUUAGACAGGCCAGGUUGAGCUCAACCAAACUGGAAUUGAAAACCCGAACUACUAUGGAAUCUAAACAUCUGCAGUUUAUGGCCAAAACAUUCCCACAACAAGCCCUAAAACAAUUGUCAGUGCUAUCAUCAUCAUAAUCCUCCAGCGUGCAGAGGUGACGAUAUCCCAACCGCCAAUCGACAAUUUGUAGGACCUUGAGACAGCGGAAUUACAAAGGCUCCUUUCAUUUACACCAAGAACCGAAGACAGGUCAGAAAUUGCUUGGAAGUACAAAGAUGACCCAGACGAGUUGUAGUCAAGUUUUUGAGGACAGAUGAGACCCACAUAAACCUUUGCCAUAGGAAAAGGAAGGUGACGGUGUGGAGAAAGAAAGGAACUGCAGAGGUCCCAAAGAGUAGCACCUUUGAAAGCCACCUCAUUACAAGUGCUAUUAAUUUACACUAAUGCUGUCGUGAAAAGAUUAUUGUUUUUACAAAUGGUAACUUAACAGGAGUUCAGCUGAUCAUGCUCUGCUUGAGCUGGAAAAUAAUUACCACUGAGCAGUGACAGUAACUGAGAAAAAGCCAAAGCACAUUGUACUUUUGUCUUCUCUAUGAUUCAGCAUGCUAUUUCAAGCAGAUCUCUAUGCUGGACAUACAAAAAGCAAAGUUUUGUGGAGCAAUUUUUGAAAAAAACAGACAGUGAAACAGCCCUUCCUACAGGCCAAGCUCAUCAAAUAUUUGUGUGUUCAGUUUUUCUCACAAUGUCAUGCAAAUUAAGGAAAAAACAUAAUAAAAUAACCGGUUUUACUUUGAAAAAAACUCAGAAACAGUGGUUUCCACAGAGCCAUAUUGUUCUUUUGCAACAUUGUCCUAGAAGUAAAGGCUUUUAAAAGUAUUAAAGAUGGCUCAAUGCCUGAUUGCACAGUAUUUUUGUUUAUGUACUAUUGUUCCAAGCUGAUGGACUGGUGUGUGACCAUAAAUGUUGGAAGAUUGCUUGCUUGGCAGCGCAUGGCCUAUAAAUCUCCUAGUGUCUGAUUCUUUGACGUAAUUAGUUCUUGCCAUACAGUUUAGUUACCCACUUCAUGAUGUGCAUCUCUGUCACAAAAGGCAGACAAACAACGUGUUUAGCAAACAGAUGUACAAAUACCUCCUCUACCAGGUUAAUUCUACAUAAAUUAGUAAACUCAUUAAUAAUGGUUAAAAUAAGGCUUUGAAUGAGCCCUUAUAUAUCUUGACUACUUUAACAAAUAUAGACUUGAGAAGUUGCAAGAACAAAUUUACCAGAAUUAAACUUUGCCUUAAAGGGCACACACAAUAAAAGCAUUAUGGGUCUUUACAAUCUAUUCAGAUGUAAAUCCAUUGUAAUUUACACUUAAUAUUACGAUACUAUGAUUGCAUCAGCUGGGAAACAAGGCUGUUUAGUGGUUAAAGCAAUCAUCGCGAAGCUGCUGCCCAAGACCCAACUCUGUCGCUGUAUGUGGUCCUAAGUGUAUUACACUGUUUAUUCUAAGUGACUGUAAAAGACUCCAGUAUCAGAAGUUUGAUAGGACCAGAAUUUUGACUACAUGUUCAAACUGCUGAUCAGCUUCCUGUUCCACUACGCCAACGACUCUUCCAGCGGUUCCUUCGUCAGCACCGUGGGCAUUGACUUCAAGGUCAAGACUGUGUACCGCAAUGACAAGAGGGUCAAGCUGCAGAUCUGGGACACUGCAGGGCAGGAACGGUACCGGACCAUAACAACAGCCUAUUACCGGGGUGCUAUGGGCUUUAUCCUCAUGUAUGACAUCUGCAAUGAAGAGUCCUUUAAUGCCGUGCAGGACUGGGCAACCCAGAUCAAGACCUACUCAUGGGACAAUGCCCAGGUCAUCCUGGUGGGCAACAAGUGCGACAUGGAUGAUGAGCGAGUGGUGCCAGCAGACAAGGGCAAGCAGCUGGCUGACCAGCUGGGUAGGUCUAUGAGACAGCUGGAUAAACUCCUGUGGGAGCUGUCAGACCCUCCUAGUACAAGAGUUAGGAGAAGCAGAGAAAUAAAUAGGAUGGAAACUCCUUAAACUUAAACAGGAAA